AUGGCCUCCUCCAGUUCAAACUCAACAGGCAGAUUCGCGCGCCCCGUCCCCUUCACCCCCAAACGGCCCCAUCCCGCCUCAACUGAGGACCUCACUAGCACCGGCAGGAUACCCCGUUCGACGACCCCAAGCCUCCUCAACUCGGCCAAGAAAUUCAAGGCGGCUCUUUCGACAGAGACUUGCCUCAGUCCCGGGGUCUCCCACAAAGGAUGUGCGCCCGAAGACGCCUACCACCCCAAGCGAGGCUCCGAGAGCCCGCUGCUCUUCCCGCUGAUCAGCGAGAUGGAUGUGAGCAGGAUCGACCCGGAAGAGGCGCUGGUAGACUUCCAGACUGUAGAGCCUGGCGACAUCUCCGGCGAACUCGAUGAGGCUGCGCUCGCAGAAUACGGUAAGGAAGACAAAGUACUUGUAUCUAUAAGAAUACGACCCACCAACGCAACUACUGCAUGGCAGACCGCAGAUACGAUACCCAAGAGCAUGAAGCUCGACCCCCAGUAUUGCAAGACCGCAACAACGACCGCUCAAGACUUCCGCUUCGACGAAAUCCUCACCGGUUCCGACAACAAGCCGGUGUACACCGCUGUCGCACGCAGCCAUGUCUGCGCUGCGAUGGACGGCUUCAACGCCGUCAUCUUCGCCUACGGUCAAACUGCUAGCGGUAAGACCUUCACGCUCACCGGAGACGAAGACCAACCCGGUAUCAUCCCCCGCGCGAUGAAGGACAUCUUCGCGUACAUCCGCCGCACGCCGACGCGCGAGUACCUCCUGCGGUGCUCCUACCUCGAGAUUUACAACGAGACGAUACACGACCUGCUAGCGCCACCCUCGUCCUCCGUCUCGCAGCCCGUGCAGAUCCAGGGCACGGGCAACAACGUCAUCCUGACGCCGCUCCGCGAGGAGGUCGUCACGAGCCUCAAGAGCGUGCGCGAGGUCCUCCAUCGCGGGGAGGGCAACCGGCGCACGGCGAGCACGGACUGGAACGAACGCAGUAGUCGGAGCCACAGCGUGUUCCGCGUGGUGAUCGAGAGUAGGGAGCGCGGGAGCGGUACCGAUGAGGGCGGCACCCCGAGCGGGAGGACGACGCCAGGGUUCAGACCCCCGACCCCGGGUGGACCGAGGCUGCAGGCGAGAGGCGGACGCAGCGUGCAGACGUCUGUUUUGAGCCUUAUUGACCUUGCCGGCUCUGAGAAGGCUACGUCCGACAAGGAACGGACCCGGGAGGGCAAGUACAUCAACACCAGCUUGCUUACCCUAGGCUCAGUCAUCGGGACGCUCGCCGAGAACUCAGCGAAGAACAAGCACGACCACGUCCCCUUCCGUAACUCGAAGCUGACGCGGAUGCUGCAGCCUUCGCUCUCGGGCAACGCGCGCAUCUCCGUCAUCUGCACGAUCAACCCCGACACGAGCGCGAUCGCCGAGUCGACGAGCACGCUCCUCUUCGCGCAGCGCAUCAAGAAGGUGCAGCUGAACGCGCAGAAGAAGGAGGUCGUCGACACGGAGGCGCUCCUCGAGCGGUACAGGAAGGAGAUCGACGACCUCAGGAAGAGGCUGUCCGAGAAGGAGGCGGAGGCUCCUGCUUUGAAGCGUCGAUUAUCUGCUCGCGAGCAACUGGACGAGUCCCGGGCGAUGAACGACCUGAACUCUCGCAUCAGGCAGCUCACGAAGCUCAUUCUCACCAGUCAAACUGUUGACGAGAAUAAGGAUAACGAGUCCCGCCCUGCAAGUCCGACGAAGGUCGACUUCGAUAUGUCUCCUUACCAGUUGCAACAAGAACUUCUGUCCGCCCGCAGACAUAUCGAGACGCAGGCUACUCAGAUUUUGUCCCUAGAGGCUGCCCUGCUCGCGCGACCACAGCUCCCCCCUGAUGCGCCAGACAGCGAGAAGGACAAGCUGCUUCACGAGCAGACGAAGACCAUCCGCGAGCUUGAAAUCGUUGUUAAGGGCUACGAAGAGAACCUCGGCGAGCCUUUACGUGCAGUAAGGGAGGAUGUAGAAAGGGAGUGGAUCGAGAAGCUGGAGAAGGAGCAGCGGAAGCGGGAAGAGAAGGAAGCGUGGGCAGAUGUGCUCGUGAAGCAGCUCGAGAAGGAAAGGAAGGCCCGCAUGAAAUUGGAGGAUGAGCGGCAGGCUCUGGCAGCCUUCGUGAAGAAGUUCGAUGCACUCGGCCUUAGCACGGGCCUCCCCAUGGCGGUUCCGUCGAAGCUGAACCCUCCGAUGCCGACGCCCGGCGGUGCGGCGGCGGUUUUCGCGCAGCGACAACGGAGUCGGCUGCAAUCUAUGGACCCAGACCCGACCAUGUCGCCAGUCGCGGAGACAGAUUCGCCGAUGCGCCUUGGCGGGAUCGAACCGAGUCUCCUUGAAGAGGAGUGGGAUGCGGUGGACGACGUUAGCUUUGGCGACGACAGGCCGUUCUUGCCCAUGCCCACGAAGUCGAGGAAGGCGUCACACAGCCCGGUGCGAGGUGUCUUAGGACGGAAGGAGAACAUGCCUGUGUAGGCAUGCAUGUAUGCACUUCAUAAUAUAUCCCUGCAUGUAGCGCUUCAUGGACCCAUUACUUAGCUCUGGAAGCCAUGUCUUGUAUGAACACAUUCGAUCUUCUGCCAUGUUAUUUUAGUUGCGUUAUGAUCAUUCGGGUUGUGUUGAGUCUUGCAGUCCGUAUGAUGUAUCACGAUAAGUAUAGCAUGUGUAAUACCUCACCUUAGUAUGUAUGCGUUGGUCUCGUACCCAUCCGUGUGGACGCACCCCACCAACGGCGAGAUCGGUAUGUACGCGCGAGUUGCGGCCGAUUGAGUCGGAUC